AUGUAUCCAAAUGAUCUUAACCUUUUCAACGAAUCCUUUAUCGAUCCUUUAUUAUCAAAAAUCAAUGGAUUUUAUUCUUAUGUAUGUUUAUCGAAUUAUGCGAAUCGAAUACUAUUGACGAUCCUAAUGCGAAUUGGUUUUGUUCUAUUGCAAAUUGGUGUUGUGAAAAAGGACAAUUUGAAUUUUAUCCUUUUUAAAAAUAUCCUAGAUAUCUGUUCUACCACGGUAGCUUAUUUUACGAUCGGUUUUCUUUUGAUCUUCGAUGGUGACGCGUACGGCUUUAUCUACGGCGAUUAUUAUCCUUACGAGGAUUUUACGAUAAAGAAGGAAGGAUUCUUGAUCGGUUGGCAAGUCGUAAUGAUCGCCUCGGCUAUUUGUACAACUAGCAUGAUAGAAAAUAGUCACCUUAUGUCACAUUUUCUGGUAAAUGUACUUUUGGCUGGCAUAGUUCAACCUCUUUUAAUUCGUUGGACCUGGAUGCCAGAAGGGUGGAUAGCAAAAGGUAAAUUGAAUGACGUCAAUGUCAUUUAUCGCGAUCACGCUGGAUCAGGAAUCGUGCACGUUGUCGGUGGACUAUCCGGUUUAAUAGCUCAUUUAAUAUUAUCGAAAAAUAGAAAAAACUUAAAAACAAAUAAUAUCGAUCGAAUAAAUUAUUUUGGUUUAUUCCCUUCGAUUAUCAAUUAUUUGGGAUUAUUCUUGAUCUUCGUUGGCCUAUCGAGUUUUUCUUCGUCACCAAGGGAAGAUGAUAUAUCAAAAGCGAUAAACAUUAUUAAUAAUAAUUUAUUGGCAGCAUGUUCUUGUUCAUUUUUUGUCAUAAUCAUACAUUUCACAUUUCAACGAGCUAUCGAUCAUUUGACGAUGAUAAGAUGUGUCCAAGGUUUAGUUGCCGGACCAAUUAUGAUCUCGGCCGCCUCAAACGAAUAUUCUUCAUUGAUGUCCAUUGGAUUAGGUUGUUUAGGAGGAACUAUUAUUUACCUAACAUCUAGAUUUAUCUUUCAUAAAGAUUUAGAAGAUCAUUGCAAUGUCAUAGCAACUCAUUUGGUUUGUGGUUUAUUGGCAACCGUCUUGGCACCAGUCUGUAUAUUAAAUACAGAUUUGAAUACACAGACUAUUUUAUUAAAUCUUUCCUGGCAAUUAAUUUCUUUAAUUGCUUUGUUGGUAUUAGUGACCGUCGCACUGACACCAUUAUUUCUAAUUUUAAAUGCUUGCGGUCUUGCCAGACAUAAUUCGAAAAUUUUCAAAAUAAAUGAAUUAACUGCUACUACGAUUACUCUUGAAAUGAAAAAAGAUUUGCCCGAUAAAAAUAUCGGACAUAAUAGAAACGAAGAAUCGAUAAUAAAUAAUGAAAAUGUAUUUUCCUUGGAUUUUUCCGAUGAAAAUAAACGGCCAAGAAAAGAAUUGUUGCAAUUGGAGGAAGGUCAAUUUAUCAAAGAAAAUUAUUUGAACGGCAAGGCGUACGCCGUGAAAAAUGAAAAUCUUUCGGAAUGUUUGCAAUCAUCAGGUCUGCAUCGUCGAGUAAGUAAUUAACGAAUGAAACAUUUAAUUUAUUUAGAUUAAAAUUAUUCAUCGCGAUUAUCACAGGAAGAAGAGUACACAAAUUAAGACAUAUAUAUACACUUCCGGGAUGCGGUUUAAAUUCCUCACAAAAUCAAUUCGAUGUUGGUGACAUGAUCGAUGUCGAUCAUUUGAAUAAUAGAAAAUAUUUUUCUGAGAUGAAUUUGCAAAAUUCUAAAAAUAAUUUUUACACGUAUGAAGGAAUACAACGGGAACGAUAUUUAAAUUGUCAAUUUGACGUUAAGAAGAACAAUGGUAAUGAUAAUGAUAAUGAGAUUAAUAUCAAUGAUAAUUAUCAAUUACGGAGAACACAAAAAUUCAUGAACUUGCGUGAAGAAUUGGAUAAACAGAUGGAAUGCAACGUGGAGGCCAUACGUAGAAAAGAAUUUAAUACGGGCCUGUUCGUAUAAUAUGUAAUUUAUAAAACGUAAAAGAAAAUAAAGGAAUACGUUCUUCCGA